CCACCUUCAAAAUGGAAAAAGGUACUUGAAAAGAUUAUCGACAUGGCCGACGGUCAGUACUAUAUUGUCUUUAUGGAUUUCGUGGCGAACGUAAAGGAGGCACACACUUGUAUGGUCGAAGAACUUAAGCACACUUGCCUAAAGUGUCAUGGCAAAGGAAUGAACGAAGAAGAGAAACUACAGACAAUGUCCAAGUUCAGGUGUGAUUUGUGAAACAACACCCCUACUCAUUUAGCAAGAAAUAACAACAACAAAAACCACUACUACUACUACUACUACUGCCACUGCCACUGCCACUGUCAAUUAGCGAUACUGUUAUAAUUUAAAAGCGCUCUCAAUUGUCUUGUUUUCUACCAUGGAGAUAUCAUGGUGCGAAAAAAAAUAGAAGAGGACCAUCAUUCUUAGCUGAUGGUCAGCAACUUUUUUACAGGAAUCUCGAGAGUCAGUUUCUCGUAGCGUCCGAAGCGUACCAGGUAGGGACGCACGAUGACCACGUAAAUCUAGUGUGCAGGAUUGGAUGCCCACGAACCCGUAUUGGAUGGAUACACGAGUUUGGUCGAGCAGGACGGAAUGGGGAAAUUGCUAAUGGUAAGCUUUGACGGCUAUUUUGAAACAAUCUUGAGAUUCGAAGAAAAAGCAAAAAGCCGCUAAAGUAUAAAUAUAGGACGCAGAAAUUACAUGUAUGAGGCCACAAGCUUUUACCCUGUUCAUAAGAACGCCUAUCUUUCACUUGUUGGACUUAAAUAAAUAAAGAGCUUACCGCCAUGGAUCAUGAGAGGAUUCGAUGAGCCAUUAGCUCCAAGCCUUGGCAAAGUUAAUAUGUAAAUAUCAGUACAACAAAUAGCGGAGUUCUGGCGUGCGAAGCACCAUGGGUAAGAAAAUCUACCCAAAAAAUUUGGUAAUCAAGUGACCGUACACCGCCCGGCCUCAACAGUCUAUUUGUUCAACUAUUGCCUUUACAUAUAGUUUUUUUUACGUCUGAACAGGUAUAAUCUAUUGUAACGAGUUCAGAGAUGAUCGGCGCCUCAUAACGUGGCUCAGAGGUGUGGAUUCAGUAGAAAAAGAGCAAAUCAUGCGUCAAUAUGCAGAAUCGUGGAGGUAAGCUAGAUUACCUUUAAAAUAGGAGUUUCUAUUGUCGAAGAAGAAUGAAUUAUUAGAUCUUUGGCACAUAUAGAUAUGGGACUUUUAAUUCAAAUAUUAAUAUUAAUUUUUUUAAAACAAACGAAAGUCUCCUUUGUGGGAAGCAGGUGUUUCAUUGGAAAUUAAUCAGUUGCGUAUCUAAACACGUCUUUUUUUCUUAUAAAUAAGUAAGUAUUCGGGAAGGGUAGCUAUUAUAACAUUAUUUUUUGGUUUAAAUCAUUUAGAUAUGUUUACUGCACAUUGACGGGUGAAUGCAUGAGGGCCUUUCUUACGGGUUGGUUUGGAGAAGACCCAGACCUGCCACUAGAAUACAAGGAAACUUGCGGUGAGUCAUGUGAUUCAAACGUAGACAAUGAUUACAACGUCAAAGAUGAUUUCCUCUUGCUGUUAGAGGUGGUUGGUCAACUCAGAGAACACAGCCGGGGGGGGGGGGUACUCCCGCGAAUUUUGGAUAGGGGUGUGCCGCGAAGGUUCGUGAACCCUAACACUAUUUAUGGACUAAGAAAGCGAAAACUGAUACCGUUUUUAAGGCCGAAAGCCGAAAAAUGACACCCUAUUCAAGGAAAAAACAAAAUUAUUAAUAGCAUGAAAAGGAAAACUUUAAAAAAAAUGUUCGUUCAGGCGGGCGUUUUUACACUCCAGCGUUAGAUAAUACAAAUAAGCUAUCCUAUCUAAGGACCACACCAGGGACACAGAGACAAAAGGGUCAAAAAAGAUACCCUAUUUAAGGACCGAGAGCCUCAAAAACCAUACACUAUUCCGCGGCACGUACCUAUAUCGCCCAUAUAUGGGAGUACCCCCCCCCCGGGAUAGGCAUUCAUAAAUUACAAAAUGGACAAGUAGCUAGCUGUCUUAAUUAAGCGCCCUUGAACCGAUAAUUUAAGGCCUUUAUGAUAUGUUGUCAGUACAAACGAAAGAUAACCCCCAAUUUCUUAUCAAUUUUCUUCUAUGUCUGAGUAACAAAGGAAACUCCCUGCUUCAUGUCAUAUGCCUCCAUAAAAAAGAAAAACAAAUCAAACUAACAAACUAACAAAAACUGGCAAACCAGCAAACAUUUCUAUACGUUGCUUGCUUUUAUUAUGUUUAAAUCCACUUUUCGAUCUAUUUUAGAUAAUUAACUGGCUGAGAGGAUCGGCAACAGCUUCUAAAGACGGCGGAAUGCGGAUAUUGUCUCACGAGUCUCAAUCAUUCGGAAAAGGGAUCGGGAGGAGCAUUGCUGAAUGGAGCAGAAUCUUGCGUCAAGCCGUUGGAAACGCCACGCCAAGCCAAGUCCCCGAAAGUUGCCGAUCUCUGUUGUCAAAGAUUUACAACAGGCAUUACUGUUGGACCCUUCCAAAAAGGCAAAGGAUCUACAGAAAGGUAUCCCAUCAUAAAUCGUUAUUGCUUUAUCGUACCAUAUACGAAUUAUACCUGUAGGUAUUUGAACCCAAACACCUUUAUAAAGUACUUUAGUUACUGGACCCUUUAGACCACUUACCUGCCUAGGUGACGAACUGUUUUUUGAUUGAACUUACAGGACACGGUAUUUCUUAUGUUCCUGUCGAAAGAAGUAUUGUUGCUGCCAAUAUAGAUAAAGUAAGGAGGGUGAGAAAUGUCGCUUUAAAAGGUUCUGGAAGUGUUGACGGAGAAGUUCACUUGAUGAGUAAAAUCAUCAAUUUUUAAAAAGAAAUCCAACAAGAGGUGGAGAAACCGAUACACAAAGCGCGUAAGUACAACUAUAAGGUUUAGCAAAUGCUGACAUGAUAAACGGGGUUUUCUUUUUAACCCGGGAUAUGACAGAUAUGACUGGCAAAUACUCUGGCAGACUUACCAGUCAAAUAAUUUCUCCGCUAAUAUAUUUUUAAUAUUUUGAUUUAAUAUAAAUUAAAUUAUAUGAUUGCAUAAAAAUGAGGUAUAUCUCUUUAAAAAAAAAGCUUUAAAAGUUUAAGAAGUAAUUAUCAUUACACAAUUUCAAAGAAAAAAUUGAACUAAAUAAAAUAAAAUAAACCUAAUUUGAAACCCCUUCGAAAAUAGUCUAUUUUACAGACUAUGAAAAGGCAGAUGAAAAGCCAGACAGUCUCCACAUUUAUAAACCUCUUAGCAAUAACGCAACUUCUUAUUAUCAUUUUUUUUUAGACUGUCCAAGCUAUCCCAAGAAAAAGGAUGCGUUAAUUUUUUGACAAACUUCUAAUAAAAGCAAACUUAUCAAUUUAUUUACUUCUUUCUUUAUUCAAAUAACUAAAACCAAACUGCCCCACCUCUCCCGGCCAAUUUAAUUGUUCAAGUUUUUUUUGUUGUUGUUGUUGUCAUUUUCGUUCCAAAAGAGACUUUCAGAAUAUUGGUAUAUGUCUAUUACUAUUUGUUAUUUUCAACAGACGAGUCCACGAAUGUAGAAAUGGCAGAGAGAAUCAAAGGUCUCUCGCUUCCCUAUCCUAUGAGGAAAACACCCUUCAUAUUUUCUGGAGACUUUCGAGCUGCUUUCUUUAUGAAUCCCCACCAGGCCCGUUUGUUUGCUUCAGGUGAACAUUUAAACGUCGAUUUGACAUUUACUGGGAAUAGCUACAUGCCAUACUUGAUUAAUGUAUUGACGUUUGACCUCGACACAUUGCAGUGUGAGUAUACUUAUAGCUACAUCUUCGGGUGUACAAGGCGCUAACCGCGCUUUUGCAUUGAAAUGACAUUAAUUUGUUAUCUCUUAAUGCGUGUCAAAACUAUUAUUGCGUUACUUUUUUAGUAGAUUGGAAUAAAUUUGUUGUUGUUGCUGACAAGAAACGAUAGCUAACCAGAUACAUAUACGGCUGAUAUUCUCUUAGUUUGCAUACCAUUAUGACAAAAAAUAUAUUACCUUACACUCGAAAAAAAUAUACCCUGUAACAGUUAAAUCCACCAUUUCACAUAGAUCAUAAUGCAUCUUGUUACCCUCCCCUCGCCCCAAAUUUUGCAAGACCAUUGUUUUCAAUUUCUCCUGGGUAUUACAGUCCUCCCAAAUAAAAAUUGAAGACAAUGGGUAUGCAAAAUUUAAACACGGUGCAUUCUGGCCUAUGUGAAAAAAGUGAAUGGUCAAGCGACAAAUGCAUAUAAGUAUAACUGUAAUGUUGGAAAUAUAAGCGUGAUUCAUUUCACGUUCUCUCUCUUCAUGCAGGGACUCCCGUAGCACGAUGUCUUUUAAACAAACAGAAUGGCGAACCCCAUGGGAAAGUUUUUAGUGAAAUUUUCUCCUCAGUCAACCAUCAAUAUGAAUAUUUUAACAAUGGAGAAAGGAUCGAAGCGAUUACGGUUGAUUUUUCUGACGCCGAAGUUAACGGACUCGAAGAGCCCCUCGGAAAGGAUAUGACGAGUAAAAUUCUUCGUGGGUGCAAGGUGAACUUGAUUAGUUUCAUUGAAACCCAAAUCAACUUUGUUUUCCCUUCACCGGUCCCACACGCCCGAGAUAACGUGUAAACAUAAAAUUUAAUUUUAGACAUUCCAAACAUAUAUCAUUGCCACAACAAUGUUAAUGCAAAAAUAAAAUAAGUACAAAAUUGUGGUCAAUGUCCAAUAAACAUAUAAUUAUGUUAUAUUAUUUUCGUUAGGCAAUUUUGAAGGACUAGGGUAUCUUCAGUUAGCUCCAUCAUAGUCGAAUCGUCUACUUCCAAUCAGAAGUUCACUAGUAUUUAUUAAUAAACAAAUGAAUUGUAUUUUUCCUCGGAGAAAGGAACGAAAAAAAAAAACGUAAAGAACAAACAAACAAACCAAUUUUUUUUUGGUUUUGUUUUGUUUUCAGGUACAUUGGUCAAGUUCAUACAAGAGGGUAAGCCACCCUGUCUGCUCAAAUAAAGAUGAGAUAACAACCUUCCAGCACCUGGCGUAGAAAAUAGAAGAUGUAAAGAAGAAGGAAGAAGUUCUCCUGCUUUUCGACGUUUUGGCGGGUCAAAAGCACGUCAGCAGUGCGGCAGCUUUCAUAACUGAUAAAAAGUUAAGAGAGGGAACACAAUUGAUAACUAAUUCCUCCUGGAAGAAAGCAAAGGCCUGGAAGGAAUGGUGGACCAGAGAGAGGCAUUUAUGUAAGCACUAAUUUUUCAUUGAUAUGCUAAAACAAAAAAUCUGUACACUUCCAUCUGUACACGCCAACAUCACUGGAAAUUUUUAAUUAUCUUCACUUGCUCUGUUGGAAAAGGCCAGAAAAGCUUCAUCUACAGACAGAGAAUGAGGAAAGGCGUCACAUUCUCUUUUAAAUCUAUUUUAGAGUUUAAAACAUUUCAAUUUCCUGUUUAUUAGGCAUGUUUACAACUGCUUUUACUCUCAUGGAUGAGGAGCAUGAUGGGAUCAUGCUACUGCAAAGACGAAAUCAAAAGUACGUAGUUAUUGCUAAAAUUAGUUACUUUUCAGUGCUAUUGGGAUUACUGUAAAGUUGAAUUCAGGAAUUAGAUGAAAGGGCCUUUACACAAGACAAGUCAAGAAAUUUAUUAUCCUAUUGUUGCUUACAACUUCUUGGCACGAAGUACUCAUGGACAAUACACCUACCUGGAAAGCCGGGGGAAUAUGACAUUGUCAUGAAUGGCUAAAUAAAUGGAUUGCUGCCAAUAACGAACAUUUUAUUCCAAGAAAACUAUUAGACAUGAAAUUUACUGUUAUGAUAAGAUUGUAAGAUUUAGAAAAUCAGUAAAAAAGCACACAGUGGCGUCUAAUGUGUCCUAAACUAAAUGAAAUCAAAGCUUUUUUUCCAGGUCCACCAGACGCUUUAAAAACCAAGCGAAAAAAAAAAAAAAAAAGAGAAGGUAAAAUUGUUUAUUUGGAUUUGUUAAUGUCAAUUAUAGUGAUCUAACGAGGGAAACUGGUUGUCCUUAUAUAAAACUAAAUUUAAGAACGUAUUGAGGAGAAAGUAGCGAUGCAGACAUAUAAAUGGAAUUUCUUUACCAUCGAAAAUCAAGAAGUGGGGAAUUUGGGCAUGUCAGCUAAAAUAAUUGGGCUCCGCACCUAUGUCUAUAGUGCACUGGAUAAUUUGUAUACAAUUUUCCAUGCCAUGGAGUGCUUCUAAUCCAUUGCUCAGCAAUGUGUUACGAUGGAAAUAGAUAACUUUCGUUCUGUUAAAAUUUACUGUAGCUAUAACCGCGAGGGCACAAGGCAUAAUCUGCAGUUAGGCAUUCAUUUUUGUUAAUUCAUUUGAUGGUGGUUUGUGUGUUUUUCUUUUCAACAGACAACGGCUUGCUGAUAAAUAGACGAGUGAACGUAGAAACAGCUGUUGCCGACGGGAACUGGGAGGGGUGGUUCGUGGGAACUAUUAUAAAUUACAACAAGCAGACCAAGCAGUAUAAGAUUUCUUUCGAUGUUUUCGAUAGCACUCACAAUAUUGUUGUUCCGGGCGAUGAAAUUCCAUCGGAGGACAUUGAACUCUUGUAAAUCCCUAUUUUUGUCCAGGCCUUGGUUCCUUAUAAAAGUUUGUUGUUAUAUAAGCAAAGUAUGGUUCUCUAGUGAAUAAAUAUUAAGUAAAUAAAUGAAAAACCCAAAAUUUAAAAAGAAUAUAUACUCAAAACAAUAUUAACCCUCUUCAGACUGGGCAUUUCUUGUUUCCUGCCACCGGGUUGAGGGGGGGGGGGGGGGGGGGGACUCAUGCACUUUUUGCCCGUUCCACCAUUUACUAGUAAAUAGUGAACAAAUACUAGUAAAUGAAAAUCUCGCUAACAAGUCAAGCCUUUUUGGCCCGUUCCACCAUUUACUAGUAAAUAGAGUCAAGAUACUAGUAAAUGAAAAUCUCGCUAAAAAGGUCAAACCUUUUUCGCCCAUUCCACAAUUUACUAGUAAAUGAGAAUUUCGCUAAAAGUCACGGUUUUUUUCGUCCCUUCCACAAUUUACAAGUAAAUAGUGUGAAGAUACUAGUAAAUGAAAAUCUCGCUAAAAAGUCAUGCCCUUUUGGCCCGUUUUACCAUUUAUUGGUAAAUGUAAUUUAUAUACUAGUAAAGGAAAAUCUCGCUAAAAGGUCAAACCUUUUUCGCCCAUUCGCACAAUGUACUAGAAAAUGAAAAUCUCGCUAAUAAGUCAAGCCGUUUUGGCCCGUUCCACCAUUUACUAGUAAUUAGUGUCAAGAUACUAGUAAAUGAAAAUGUCGCUAAAUGGUCAAGCCUUUUUUGCCCAUUCCACCAUUUACUAGUAAAUAGUGUUAGGAUACUAAUAAAUGAGGACCCCCCCGUUUCACAAUUUACUAGUAAAUAGUGUGAAGAUACCAGUAAAUGAAAAUCUCGCUAAAAGGUCAAACCUUUUUGUCUAUCCACAAUUUAUAAUUACCAGUACAUAGUGUCAAGAUACUAGUAAAUGAAAAUCUCGCUAAGGUCAAACCUUUUUUGCCUAUUCCACAAUUUACUAGUACAUAGUGUCAAGAUACUAGUAAAUGAAAAUCUCGCUAAAAGGUCAAACCUUUUUCGCCCAUUCCACAAUUUACUAGUAAUUAGUAUCAAGAUACUAGUGAAUGAAAAUCUCGCUAAAAGGUCAAACCUGUUUUGCCCAUUCCACAAUUUACCAGUAAAUAGAGUCAAGAUACUAGUAAAUGAAAAUCUCGCUAAAAGGUCAAACCUUUUUCGCCCAUUCCAGCAUUUACUAGUAAAUAGAGUCAAGAUACUAGUAAAUGAAAAUCUCGCUAAAAGGUCAAACCUUUUUUGCCUAUCCACAAUUUACCAGUACAUAGUGUCAAGAUACUAGUAAAUGAAAAUCUCGCUAAAAGGUCAAACCUUUUUCGCCCAUUCCACAAUUUACUGGUAAUUAGUAUCAAGAUACUAGUGAAUGAAAAUCUCGCUAAAAGGUCAAACCUGUUUUGCCCAUUCCACAAUUUACCAGUAAAUAGAGUCAAGAUACUAGUAAAUGAAAAUCUCGCUAAAAGGACAAACCUUUUUCGCCCAUUCCACCAUUUACUAGUAAAUAGAGUCAAGAUACUAGUAAAUGAAAAUCUCGCUAAAAGGUCAAACCUUUUUCGCCCAUUCCACAAUUUACUAGUACAUAGUGUCAAGAUACUAGUAAAUGAAAAUCUCGCUAAAAGGUCAAGCCUUUUUCGCCCAUUCCACAAUUUACUAGCAAAUAGUGUGAAGAUACUAGUAAAUGAAAAUCUCGCUAAAAGGUCAAGCCUUUUUCGCCCAUUCCACCAUUUACUAGUAAUUAGUAUCAAGAUACUAGUAAAUGAAAAUGUCGCUAAAAGGUCAAACCUUUUUUGCCUAUUCCACAAUUUACUAGUACAUAGUGUCAAGAUACCAGUAAAUGAAAAUCUCGCUAAAAGGUCAAGCCCUUUUCGCCCGUUUUACCAUUUAUUAGUAAAUGUAAUUUAUAUACUAGUAAAUGAAAAUCUCGCUAAAAGGUCCAGCCUUUUUUGCCCAUUAAGAAAAUCAAUGAAAAAUAUUUUUUACUGUUAAAGAAUUUUGAAAGAAAAUUUUUUACUAGUACUAGUAAAGUUUUUUAAAAACUUAAAAAUAUGAAUUCCCGGUGGCUUUGAUUGCCGGCUAAAUUUCACAGUCAAAACAUUUGUCACGUUCAACUAGUAAAAGUCGGUUCGUAAACAAUCGUAGAAAGAAUGUUCAGCUAGUUUUUGUAACGAAUACGUUAAAUUUGAUCCUUCAAUUUACAUUGUUACUAAAGUAUAAACGUUUCUUAGCAAAAUUCUUGAAUAAAGGUUAUUUGAUUUGUUAAAUGACCAAAUAAAUAGAGGCAAGCAAACAGGUACAAGUCAUAAGCUUGUGGUAUCUCCUUCAGCGUCAACUCAUCGGGUAAGUGAAUCGGUAUACUAGAUUUUAAGUAGCACUUGAGAUUUUGAUAUGUUCUUGAUUUAGUACACAAUUAUAAGUCGCCACCCUAAAACUAAGUGGCCAAGGUUUCGUAAAACUUCAUUUUCGUUUUUUCUCUGAGAAUAUAAAAAAGAAAGAAAUAUAAAUUCGUGAACUCGUCAAUGAACUAAUUUUGUUUGAUUUUCCUGCUCGAUAUUUACCAUGAAGUCUUUGUUAAGUGGUAUGGUUGGUUGUUCUUUAGGCUAUUAAAUUAUUUUUAAGACAUGUAUAAUGUUUAGUUUUUUCGUACGUGAACGAUGAUAUUUUUGGUUCCCAACACCGAAUUCUACUAAUAGGCUUCCCUUUUUUUUGAGUUAAGAAUUAAGACGUUAAGAUUAAUUUUGCUAAGGCAUUGUCCUGCGAAAAACUCAUUUUAGAACGUUUUAACCCGUUCGCGAUCAAUGCAUUGGUUGUUCUUUUACCUUGGUAAAAAUCUUUGAUUCUUGGUUUCCAUGAGUCGUAAUCAACAUUUUCAUCUAAAAAUCGUCAAUCCUUCUAAGAUUUUAGUUUCAGGUGAGAGCGUUUUAUCUUUCACCCUUUUAGAUGAGACAGUUUGUUUUGUGAUAGAGCACUUUUGAAAGGUACUAUGUAACGAGGAGUUGCUUUUUUAGGUCAAUUCUCUGCUGAAGACAUUUCCUAGUACCUUCACCCAUUCAGAAAAUGUCCCUGUAGGUCUAUGAAUACAAAUUUCAUCAGAGAGCACUAAUCGUAAUAAUCUUUCGUGGUGAAAUCUGAAGGCACAGCUGCGUUAAAACUUUGAAAACGGUGGUUGAUGUCUUGCAAAUUAUAAUUUUCACAAAGUGCGACUAGCUCAGUUUGCAGAUUUUAAUAUGACAUUUUUUUAUUUUGGUUUUCAGUUUCAAUUAAUACCAUUCUCUUGGCAAAGAAGAGUGAAAGAUGAAAAGCCUGUUUUUUAUCGUGGUUCUUAGUCUCCUGGCUGUGGGUUAUGCCAGGGACCAGGAAGCAGAACUUGCAAUCCGAGGUAUAAAGGUGAUCGUACUAAGAAGGGGUCCGAGGGCUACUCCCACGUGUUCGGAAAUGGCACGAAAUACUACUAACACUUUUUCUUUGAUAACUAACAGUAAUAUGAGUUUUAUACUUUUAGCUAUUUCAAUAUCCUGAGAGGAGGCUAAACAGUUCUAUUUUCACAUCGCCUCAUUCAAGGACUGGACAACGUUUUGACUUUUCAAGCUGCCUUGUCCCCGCCGCGUAUCGCCUUUCUCGCGUGGAGCGAUUUUCACGCGCGCUCGCGUUUCGCUCGCUCUACUAUCCCUGAGGAAAAAUGGGGACUACUCGUUUAUAUAAUCUACUCGUGAUCACUUUCUGGGGGAUAUUUGAGUUAAUAAGCCAUGAACUUCCUCCCGUAAGGAUCAGUUUACUGUUUUAAUUUCAAAAUUUGGUCAGUGAAGAAAAAAAGAGAGACAUAAAAAGAUUGUGUUCAUUAGAAACUUUGAUCGCCGGGAAUGAAGUGCCAAAAUGUCUCUGAGUAAUCAAUAAUUAAAGAGCUUCUGAAGUGGAAUGGUUCCGUCUCCUGAAAACGCUUUAAAAAUCGAAUAAAAAAUCUUGGCAGUAGGGAAACAUAAGGUACAACAACCCAAUCCGCCCCGGCCGACUCCUUCCCCCCCGGUCCACUCCUUUCCCCCGGCCGACUCCUUCCCCCGGCCCUCCUUUCCCCCUGGCCCCUCCUUCCCCCGGCCUACUCCUUUCCCCCGACCCACUCCUUCCCCCCGGCCCCUCCUUUCCCCCCGGCUCCUCCUUCCCCCGGCCCCUCCUUUUCCCCUGGCCCCUCCUUCCCCCCGGCCUACUCCUUUCCCCCCGACCCACUCCUUCACCCCCCCGGCCUCCCCCGGCCCCUCCUGUCAAACUGUACGCGAAAGGGAUAAGACAUCAAUUUGUAUUUUAACAGGAAAUUCUUGUAAGAAUCAAGGAGGCAAGUGCGUCAAAGGUCAAUCCUGCCCAAACGGUUAUACAGCAUUGGGAUACUCCUGUGGGAAAAGGAAGAGGAGCCAGAAAAGAACGUGCUGCUCAAGUGUGUAGUAAUAAUUAGCCUAAUAGUAUGUAAUAAUAAUUAGCCUAAUUUAAAUACUAUAUUAUAUUAGUAAUAAUUAGCCUGUGCAAUCAAAUAGCGACGAUUGAAAAUAGGAUGAAAUACACGCCGUUUUUGUCCAACUUCUAAGAAUUUUUUAGCCUUUAUACCUAUUCAUGUCAUGGGUAACAAAUUCAAGGCCUAAGUUUUGGCUUAAUGGCACUAUUCACUAACUUUUUCGAAAAAAUACCUGUUAGAAUUCUCGAUGCGAUGUUUCGUGUUUUUAGGUUUUCGAAAGAGUCUUUUAAGGGCCCUGACAUCUUCAUUCAUAACCGGUUUAAAACCUUGACGCCAUCUUGGCCCUGAGACGUACUGAACGUCAUUGUAAUAGGGACCUUAAGAUCCGACGACGGCCACGGCAACGGAAACGACACAAAAGCAAUAGGUUUAAUUAGCAAAACAACAAAUUUUGCACCAAUUUUGCACGUGCAUCGCGCUUUUUUUGUACAUUUCUUUGCCGUCACUGCACGACUACGACGUGAAAAUGCCUAAUUUCACGAUGUACAGAGGAAGUACACAACUGCAAGCGACGUCGAAAUUUCCUCUCUCUUUCUGAACUUGCAUAUGGUUCUUAGGAAUUCAUAUUUAGCAGGGUUCGCCUACAUUUGAAGUCUAUUUGACAAAGUUAGUUACUUGGAUUAAUCGCGAUUAAGAUUGAAAGAACGCGAUUUCACUUUUUCAGCGACGUUUUCUUUGUCGUCGCCGUCCUCGGAUCUUAAGGUCCCUAUUAUAGCAAUUUUGUACUCGGCUUCCGAUGUGAAAUUUUAUUUUUCGCGCCAAAAUUAAGGAGUAAUUUGCCACCAAUGAUGUUGCCUUUUAUUUCCUUCAUUGUUUCCUUGAUUAAGACGCUUUUCAUUCCAAGUUUGAAGUUAUAAUAGAGUACAGUGCACGUAUCACAAAUGAUAAGAAUACACUGAGCAGCAUAACGAAACUGGACCAUUAUUUUUGGAGUUCAAUCGAUGCGAAGACACGUUUUAGCUUUUUAAAAAAGUUAGCAAUUAGGAUGGCAUAGUUUCUUAGCAAGAUAGUUAUAUGUUCGUGGGCGUACCUUGGCCUAGACCCAGACCUCGUUAUUGCACACCGGCCGAUUGAGACGUCAGCUAAAUGCAUUAACCGAGAGGGCCUGGAAAGACGCCGACAGGGACUAGGCAAAGCAAUAGGCAAAGCGUACGUAAUUAGUGUUUUGUAGCUAGACUUGAGACUUCCGGCCGCGCGGAAGGGUUGAGGUAAGCUUUCAGAAGACAUUUGAAAAGGUAUCGGAAGGACGGAGAACUAUGUAAGCCAACUGAUAUCCUUAUUUUCCAGCACAAUUCGCAGUAAUAUGUAAUGAAUUGAUAACUAUUCUAUCACAAGCAGUUUGAGCAGUUUCUCAGCUGCGAAAAAAGUGAAAAAUGCUUAUGACAAGGUUCGACGUUUUCCAAACUUUAUUUCAUUAGAAAGACUUACAAGGAAAAUUAUGUUUUGUAUCUCGGUUUAGUUUGUCGAGAGGGCUGGGUUGAAAACGGAAAUCAGUGCUACUUUACACUCCCCGAAAAAAAGGAAGCAUUUGUGGGACUUUACCUAUGCAAGCAACUUGGAGCAACCCUGCCAAUCAUCAAAUCAGCCGAAGAGAACGACUUCCUUGUGAGUCUGACGGAGGGAAAAGGUGAUCCACGGCUUGGAAUGAUAGGACCCAACGGCGACAACGUCUUUGAAUGGCUCGACGGGACUGCUGUGGCCUUCUCUUCAUGGAAUAGCGGUGAGCCUAACGGUCCUGAAUUAGAGAACUGUGGG